AUGAGUGAGGCAUUUGAGCAAAUGAAGAUGAUUAAGAUGUUAUGGAGGUGUCUACACCAAAUCAACCUGCCUACCUCACCUACUUUCUUACCAAAGGUGAAGGAUCAAGGGAAGUUCACUCUCCCUUGCACACUUGGGCAUAUUGAGCUUGACAAUGCCUUGGUGGAUUCUGGUGCAAGCAUCAACCUGAUCUCCCUCACAAUGGCAGAGAAGCUUGGCAUUGCUGGAGCAUUGCAGCGCCCACUACUUCAAUCAUGUUUGGAGAUGCAACUUCCAAGUCUCCUCUUGCCUAGAAGAUCAGACUAUUGUGGCACCAUUGAAAGCAUUCCUCUCAGUUCCAAGACUCCUGAAGUUGCCAAGGUUGUGAAGGAAAAGGUUGACAAAGAGCCAAGAGUUGUGAGGGAUAAGGUUGAGAAAGAUAAGGUGGAGAAGGAUCAAAGAGUUGAUAAGGGACCAAGGAUUGAGAAACCACGCCUUGAGAGGCCAAGAGUUGAGAGACCAUGA